ACGGGCUCCUUGCUGAGUCAGCUGGUCAGACUCUUGCCGCAGACUCGCAGUCCCUCUCCAGCACUCUUACCUUGAUUCCAUCAACUGAAUGAUCGGCCCAUCUACGCACUUUCACGGCUUUUACUCGAGCGGGCCUUGUCGAGAUGGACUGCACUUAGCUUGCAGAAAAUCCGCGCCCACGACUUUGCCGGACUGACCACCGCUGAACAUGGUCAGACUGCCGGAGUCCGGAAGGCGAUGAUGGCGUUAGCUGGUUUGCUAUGCCUUUGAUCAGUGAUGGCCGAGCACUUCGCCGUCUUCGCUGUCUUGCGCCAGCCUUCUCUCAAUCAUUCUGGAGCAGACAGACUCCUUGCCUUCAGCGCAUUCAACUCCGUUCAGUAAACACUGCAAGGACGAUCUCGCAACAUGGUGUUGGCAUGGCCCAAGAACACUUCGAACACGUAUUCGCCCCUUGGAAGCACAGAAAAAGGCCAACAACCAGUCACGAGCGAGGAACCUGAAACGCAUGGCGAUAGUGCUUCCUGGGAGCGCACUCCAAGCACGUCUCGACGAUCCAGAAGCUGGGAAGCCGUUCAGAUUAUCACCUGCAUCCUUUGCAUCGCUAUACUCCUGGCAACUAUAGGCCAGAACUUCCGACGCCCGUCCACGCUGCCUACCAAGUACCGCAAAGAGACUAUAACAUGCGGGAACACAACUGACGAGGCAAAAUCGCGAGGCUGCGUCUUCGAUCUGCUGGCAAACAAUUGGGUGGCACCCCAAUGCCUCGAUCCGUUGACUGAAUCCGAAUAUCGAAGCUGGCUUUUCAGUCCGGAACGUGCACAUGGAUCUUUUCCAUUCUUCUAUGAUCCAGAGGGCAGACAUCGUGUUCCGGACGAGCAUGCUCUUUCGCUCCACGCUGAUGGACCGACGGAGCACGACAGGCGCGUAUACACCACUCGCGAGCAACACCUGAAUCAUUGCAUCUUCGUCUUGAAACGACUUCAUCGUGCUAUGCGGGGACAAGUCGUACUCAAUGAUGAACAUGGGGCAUACGCGCACACCGAACAUUGUGCGACGCAACUCUAUCUCGAUAACGUGAGCAUAUUGGACAAGCUUGUGGAGGAAUGCUACAUCGGGUAUGCGAAUUGUACGAUAGACGUCCCAAUUUGAGCCAUGGGGGCUUUCCCAGCGCUGAUUGCGUCCUACUCUCUUCUGAUAACCAAUACUGCUCUCGUAACUGGAAUGAGCGUUUCACGUUGACAGCUGAAGCUUCCGCUCCCGACUCGCGCGAUUUGACAGUGGCGCCAAAUAACGAGAUUCUGACCGAGAGCACGAUUGACAAUACGAUUUUUGAUAUUCGAUACACCUCAACUGCAAUCAAGUAGCUAAU